GAACAAGGAUUAGGUGUACAAAAUAUGUAAGACAUGAUCCUACAGACAAUGAACACAGGUUAGAGCAGAGUUUCUCUUUAAACGGCACUCUGUGUUGUGGGCAGUUGUUAAUGACACUCUAUGUUGUGGGCAGUUGUCCUGCACACUGAAGGAUCUUCAAUAUCCUUGGUCUCUACCUGCCAAAUCCCAGGAACACCCAACCCCCCAGGUGUGACAAGUACAUGUGUCUCUAGAUACUGAUAAACCUAGACACAUCGUCAAGGUGUCAGUAAAGAAACCAGCCCAGCUGCAAUGGAAGAUUUGUUUGGGGAUUAGCAGAAGCUGAACUGGACAAGCAAUUAGGCGGCAGUCUCAGGGUCUCCAGUGCAGGGCUGGAGAGUCUAGAUUUGAACCUCUAGUCAGUGAGCCAUUUGAGGGGUUGGAGAUGUUAAACAGAUUAAUUUGGCAUCAUUACAAUACACUUGGAAAAAAAAUUUAAUAGUAUGAGAUAUAGUUUGAGGUUUGGGGAGAAAUGUCCUAAAGCAUUUCCCCUAAGAAUUGACUGAUUGAUCAUUGGCCCUUAUAGGCGUUCUGUGAUUGUAAAAUGUAACUGUGUGUUUCAGGAUCACUGUUGGGUGAUAAAACCCGAAUGACUGAGUUAUCUAGAGAUAUGAAUGCAUACAUCAGGCCAUCCCCUACUAGAGGCACUUUAGGAGGUGUGACAAGGACCACAAAUGAAGCUAUUCUUCUGUGCGAAGGAGGCGGAUAUGACAUCAUUCUUGUUGAAACUGUGGGUGUGGGACAGUCGGAGUUUGCUGUCGCCGACAUGGUUGACAUGUUCAUUUUACUCCUGCCACCAGCAGGAGGAGAUGAAUUACAGGGCAUCAAAAGAGGAAUAGUGGAGAUGGCAGAUCUGGUGGCUAUCACCAAAUCCGACGGAGACUUGAUCGUGCCAGCUCGAAGGAUACAAGCAGAGUAUGUGAGUGCGCUGAAAUUACUGCGCAGGCGUUCAGGAGUAUGGAAACCAAAGGUAAUUCGUAUUUCUGCCCGAAGUGGAGAGGGUAUCACCGAAAUGUGGGAUAAAAUGAAAGAAUUCCGGGAGGUGAUGCUCGUCAGUGGGGAGCUGGCCGCCAAGCGGCAGAAGCAGCAGAAGGUCUGGAUGUGGAGCCUCAUCCAGGAGAAUGUGGUAGAGCAUUUCCGGACCCACCCCGCAGUCCGGGAACAGAUUCCUCUUCUGGAAGAGAGGGUUCUCAGUGGGGGCCUGUCCCCAGGACUAGCAGCGGACCUGUUGUUGAAAGCUUUUAAAAGCAGACACUAAUGUUGGCAG